GUGGUUCUCACAGUCCAAGAGGCCUCAGUCCUGGGAUUUUAAUCAGUGCACCAAAGGCUUUUCUAUAUUCAAGUGGGCACAGAAAGGAGGCUGAUUGCAAUAUUAGCUCGGGCACCUCUUGAGCCUGAAGACCUGAGGAGAAAAUACAACUUUCCUGAAAAGAAAUGUCCAUAUAUGACAUGGUGGGAAAAGGAUUUGAAUAAAUGAAUUACCCCAAAGGAAUGGGCUUUGAUCUGGAAAAGAGGACUCAGUUUGUGGUUUCAGGAGAAAAUGCUCCAAUGGAUAGCCUCCAGAAAUUUAUUCCAGUCACUUUUAUCCUAUUUGCCUCACUAACAGGUUUUGGCUUUGGUUAUUCUAUUGUUAAUGGCCCUGCUAAUGCAACCGUCCUAGCCGGUUCAGAGGCCCGGUUUAACUGUACUGUGUCACAAGGAUGGAAAGUUAUCAUCUGGCUUUUAAACGGGAAUGCUGUUCUCACGACAACUUCCCUUGGAGGGGCUGUUGUAACAAUGAAUCGCUUCACUCAGCAAAAUUAUACCAGCGGUGAGACUUUUACCUCAGAGCUGAUCAUCCACAACGUCCAGCUGGACGAUUCUGGUCAAAUAGAAUGCAGCCUCCAACUUAGUAGCCCCAACAGCUAUGCCUUUCUUUCUGUGCAAGUUAAUGGAUCUUUGCUCAUCAAAGAUCACAACUCUACAGUAAGAAAGAAUGAAACAAUUGACAUUGUUUGUGAAGCCUUAGGAUGGGCUCCAGCUCCAAACAUGACCUGGAUGAUAAACGACUCUUUUGUAGAUAAGUCCAGGUAUGUUACUAACCACAGUCAAGGAUCUAAUGAUCUUCACAAUGAAGGGAGCACCUUAACUUUGACUCCGAUGGCCAAUGAGACACUGACAUGCUUAGCUUAUAUAGAGGCACUCCCUAAGCCCCAGAAUGCAACUGUAACUCUUAUUGUGCAGGAUUCUCUUGCAGAAAAUGGUAACCAAGAAGACAGCACACGGACACGGACUAUUAUACUUGCAGUCACAUUGUCAAUUGGUUUUCUUCUUCUGAUCAUUAUUAUUUUUAUAAUAAUAUACUGCCGCCUAAAAAACAAAGAGUCCACCUAUCAAAAGGAGUUGAGAAAAGUUUCAACUAAGAAAACCAACGAUAGCAAUAUGAAGACCAGGAGAAGCAGUGGUAAUGAAAAUUCUGGGUACAGUCCAGAGGACCCAGUGUACACAAAACAAAUGCCAAGAAUCGCCCCUCUUCCUCCAAUGGCCUCCAGCUUGAAUGGUCCAGAACAAGAUUUAGAAGUCAGUUCUACGUCAGAGGUACCUUAUAAGGUGCAGCAGAACAGAGUAUCACCUCGAAGACCUACUGAUUAUCCAGUCAACCCAAGGAAAAUCAGAAAUGUGACACUUGUAUAGGAAUUACUGCUCUUUGAGGUUCCUGUAUCACUGAAAUUUAUACCUUUGGAUGACUUCCUGCAACAUAGAAAGGUCAUCAUAAUUUCACUUAUAUUUGAAAACAGAAACAUAGAUUUAUUUAUUUUUCAUAUAAUGAACAAUUUUUACCAAGAGACACUAACAAUCUUGACUUUAACAUACACAUUUUCAAUAAAAUUCUGUAUACAAAUCAUGGCUCUGAUCCUGUAGUAGGAUCCAGGCAGGUGCACCCUGUAGAGCUCCACUGACUCCCAGGGGAUUUCCCAAAGGCAAGGGGCCAUUCAGUGGAGUCCCAUGGAAAUCAGUAAGGCUCCAAGUGGGCACAAAGGUUUGCUCACCUCGAUCCAACUGAAAGACCAGUGGCUAUAUAAGCUGGAGAUUUAUUAGUCCGGAACAGCAAAAUCUACUGCUGGUUAGUGUAAUGUCGCUUUUAUAUUACUUAAUUUAUACUUUCCAAUCCUCUCAAGCUCCAUCAUCAACAAAACUUUUCCAUUUCUUAUUUCCUAAUAUGAGCUAAGAUUUUCAAUAGGGCUGGUUGAGGAUUUUCAAUCAAAACUGAUUUAUACUAAAAAUUAGGUUGUCGGCUAAAAUUUUUUUGCAAAAUGGGACUGUUUUCUAAAGAAAAAUUCAACUCUUUGUCAAAAAAGCAAACACAUAAAAGCAUGAAAAAAUCUGUUUUUGAUUGAAAAACCAGAAUAUGUCAGCUGAAAAAUGAAAAAUGUUGAUUCAGAAUUCAUGUGGCAAUGCCUCAUGAGAGCUGAAGUUUGGAUAUGUUAUUUCUCUGAGUUCUAUGCUGAGUUCUCCAGCCAGACAUCUCUCUUGGCUUACUCUGGCCAGAUUCUCUCAUGAUGCAUCACAGUGGCUCAUCAAGAUGGGAGACUGUGGUGCAUCAUGGGUGAUGUAGUCUGACAUCAGAGCUUGGCCUAUAGAGGAGAAUGGGGGCAUGAUGCACCUGAACUACACCUCACAUGAGGCACUGAAAUGUCAUUACCAAGUAGAAAGUUUUGGUUUUCAGCCAAAAACUAUGGGCUGAAACUUUUUCAAUUUUCAGCGGAAACUUUUCAGUUUAUGAUUUUUCACCAAAAAGUUAAAAUUUUCCAUGGAAAAAAACAUUUUCUAACCAGCUCUAGCUGCCAUAUACUCAUAACUUUCUAAGUUAUCCUGUAAUUUAUAUAUUGAUAUUACAUAAAGACCAGUUCUUUUGACUGUUGGAAAGAAAUGAUGACACCACAGUUAUCUCUACAAUGAUAUUCUAUGCAACAAAGAGAAUAAAUCCAGAUCCUGAAUUGUGGGAAAAUUUUGUUUUGCACUGAGUAUUUUCGAUUUCAUUACAUUGUGACUACUGAAUCCAGAUUCUGCAUUAUUAGUAACAUUUUACUAUCAGUCAGAUCAAAUGCUGAGGCCAAUUCAUAUUUUGACACAUCCAGUUAGAGCUGGUUGAAAAAUUUCAAACAGUACAGAAAAUGCUGAUUUGAUGAAAAAUUAUCAGACAUUUUGUUUUGAUAAGGUAGAAGAACCUCAUUUCAACUGUAAUGUUUAGAUUUUUAUAUUACCUUAAUAUAAUAUAUAAAACACUCAAAAAAGCACUUUGAUAUGGUCAUUUUGAUAUUUCUGAAACAAUAAUGUUCAGAAUUUUCAGCUCACAGGAAAUUUUGAUUUUUUGUUCCAGUGAAAGGAAAUUUUGAAACGUCAGAAGUUCCCGUGGAAUAGAAAUUAUGACAUUAGACCAGUUCAGGUUCUCCACUAGAAAAUGUAGAUAUGACAGAACAGAAAUAUUUCAUGGGAAAACAGCUGUAUGGUAGACAGUUUCAAUGGCAAUUAUCAAAAUGUUUCAUUUCAAUAAGGUCAAAAUGUUUCAUCUUUAUCAUUUUGAAUAUUAUAUUAUUAUGUAACAUAAAAGCUGAAAAGAAACAUUUUGAGGUUGAAAUAAAAUAUUUUUGGAAUGUUUUAAUUUUCUACCAAAUUCCAAGAUUUUGACUUUUCAACUCCAAUCUGGGACAAAACCAAAUUUCCAGAUCUCAUGCAGGAUGGAAAUUACACUUUUUGGUCAACUGUAGUUCAAGUCUGUGUUGGUCCCAAUACAUAAGAAAGAAGGCAUCCAUGAAUGCAGAAACUAUCAUGGUAUAAAGUUACUGUCUCAUCUAUAAAGAUACUGGAAUACAUAGAAUCAUAGAAUAUCAGGGUUGGAAGAGACCUCAGGAGGUCAUCUAGUCCAAUCCCCUGCUCAAAGCAAGACCAAUCCCCAACUAAAUCAUCCCAACCAGGGCUUUGUCAAGCCUGACCUUAAAAACUUCUAAGGAAGGAGAUUCCACCACCUCCCUAGGUAACGCAUUCCAGUGCUUCACCACCCUCCUAGUGAAAAAGUUUUUCUUAAUAUCCAACCUAAACCUCCCCCAUUGCAACUUGAGACCAUUACUCCUUGUUCUGUCAUCUGCUACCACUGAGAACAGUUUAGAUCCAUCCUCUUUGGAACCCCCUUUCAGUAGUUGAAAGUAGCUAUCAAAUUCCCCCCUCAUUCUUCUCUUCUGCAGACUAAAUAAUCCCAGUUCCCUCAGCCUCUUCUCAUAAGUCAUGUGCUCCAGCCCCUAAUCAUUUUUGUUGCCCUCUGCUGGACGUUUUCCAAUUUUUCCACAUCCUUCUUCUAGUGUGGGGCCCAAAACUGGACACAGUACUCCAGAUGAGGCCUCACCAAUGCCAAAUGGAGGGGAAUUAUCUUGGAUUCUAGGAUUAGGAGAAUGGUGGAACCCCUUCUUGAACAAGAACAGUUCAGCUUUAGGAAAGGACGAGGAACCACAGAUGCCACGUUUUUAAUUUGGCAAGUGAUAGAGAAAUGGUUAGAGUACCACAAGGAUAAAAGUUUGUGAGCAUUUAUAGACCUAGAAAAGGCAUAUGAUAAAGCUGACCGAAGGAGGCUCACACCAGUGCUGAGGCAAUCUGGAGUGAGGAUUUAAUAACUAUGGUGAAUGCCCUGUAUUGAUCACUUAAAACAGUGAUCCAAACAUGCUUUGGAAUAACAAGCCCCUUUGAAGUAAAAGUCGGACUGCAUCAGGGGUUGGCCCCCAAUCCACUUCUGUUUAUCAUAUUGAUAGACCAAAUCAGCAGGAAGAUCCCAAUGGAAACAAAGUGAGAAGCUGCUAUAUGCAGAUGACAUAGCAGUAAGGGCAUCCUCAAAAGAAGAUGUAGAAGAAAUAAUAAAUCAGUGGUAUGACCAGCUAAACAGCCCUGGGAUGAAAAUGAACAUGACUUAGAUUGAGGUCAUGUGGGUCAGUAGAGGCACCACAGGGAAACUGGAUAUAGAGAUUAAUGGAGUACGACUAAACCAGACUGAUCAGUUCAAGUACCUUGGUGGCUGGGUUACAGAAGACGGAGACCUUGAGCAUGAGAUACAGUCCAGACUGGGGAGUGCUGGAAGAGUGCGAAAUAAUAUCUCAGGUGUUGUGUAUGGGAAGCACGUGCUACUGAGACUGAAAUCCCAACUAUGAUGUGUCCCGCCAUGCUAUAUGGUACAGAAGCACGGAGAAUAAAGAGACAGCAGCUGCAACACCUAGAGGUGAGAUGUCUUCACUCAGUAAAGAGAGUUACACAAAGAGAAAGUCGAAGUCCAUGAUGUGGCUGACAAAAUCCAGGAAGUGCGACUUCACUAGUUUACACACACACAAAGGAUGAAUGAAGAAGACCUGGUGAAGCUAGCAUGGCAGGAGAGGGUGGUAGGAAAGAGACUCAGAGAAAAGUUGAAGAAGAGAUGGAUAGACUGCAUCAAAGAAGAUGGUAAGCGGGUGGACCUUAGUGCUGCCUCAGGCAGACAAAGAUUGUGGAUAUUUGCAGGAUGACUCAACCCCAGAUGAUGGGACAAAGGGAAGGAGAAGGUCAUCUCUAGUACUAUUGUUUAAAAAUGCUUUUAAUUCAGUUACAGUUUUUUAAAAACCCUACUACUGUGACCUACAGUGUGGGCAGCAGGGAAUGGCUGAAGUAUAAAUGCUUUUUAUAUCAUAAUGUAAGGACUUUCAAACUGUAUUUUUACCUUUUUUCCUACUAAUCUGUAAUCUACUGUAUUAACCAAAGAGUGCACUGCUAUGCACAAUAGUGAAAAACGUGGAUUCUAUCGUUCUACUACAAGAUAUAAGACUAAGAAUAUUUUCACAAUUAUAUGGUGCCUUUCCUCCAAGGAAGUUCAAGUUUUUACUUGAUGUAUGGUGCAUGGUAUUUUGGGGAAGUUCUGUGGCCUGGGCCAUAGAGGCGGUCAGACUAGAUCAGUGGUUCUAGUCUAGUCUAAUCCCUUGGCCCGCGCUGCUUUCUGCAGCCUCCAUUGGCCUGGAGCGGCGAACUGCGGCCACUGGGAGCUGCAAUCGGCCGAACCUGUGGAUGCGGCAGGUAAACAAACCAGUUCGGCCCACCAGGGGCUUUCCCUGAACAAGCGGUGGACCAGAGUUGAGAACCACUGGACUAGAUGAUUGCAAGGGUCCCUUCUGACCUUAGAAUCUAUUAAUCUAUAUAGGACCAACUGGUCUGUUGUGUUGUUUCUUCUGGACACAUCAGAGAGGAGGUGCUGUUAGACAGCCAAUUAUGGCUCCCUCAUUCUCUGCCUGGCUCUUAUCAUGGGUGCGGAUUAACUCAGCCUGAGGCGCUGUUCUAAACUCCAGCAUCUGACUAUGGGAACCCUAUGGACCAUUUGCCAGGAGGGGACAGAGCACAGUGUGCUCCAAUCACUCCCCUCGCCACCUCAACAUGCCUACCCUGCACUGAGGUCUGCAGAGAGAGGGGAACAAGAAUCAGCCCAUGUCUGCCAAGGGCUUCCCCAGCCCCAGAGUUACAAGAGCCUCUCCAUUUGUAGCAAAUGAGUGAUACAAAGGAACCCUUUCAUUGAUUUCACUGAGUGCCAGCCCUAAAAACACAGCCAUCCCCAGCAUCAGAUUCUUCAGUUUUCUUUUCAUUCUAUAAUAGAAGACAGGGCACAGCGAUAUACAUUAUGCCUACAUAACAUGAUGUUUACAUGGUAUUGUAAAUGUCACAAACUAAAAAAAUGGACUUUUUCAGAACUGUGUAGUGCAAUCACAAAAUGUGCACUGACAGACUGCAUCUGUUUUCUUCGUUGUCAGAAACUAUAGUUCAAUCAUUCAGCUAUGGUAGGUUCUUACAUAGCAUUAGUAUAAGGUUCAUUUAUGCCAACAAUAUCCUUUAAAAGUAUUAACUGGUAAAAUGAAAAUUCUCAGGGACAUUGGGUGGAGCUGCCAACUUGGUGGUAAUUAAAAACUGGACACUCCAGCAGGAGUGCUGGAACCUCCCUUGCCCUGCCCCUUCCCUCCCGAGGCCCUGCCUCUUUCCCCAAGGCUCCCCCCAUCCACUCCUCUUCUCUUCUCCCCGCAUUGCUUGCUGCUUUUCCCUUCCCACCCCUCCACCUGGGUUAGGAGGGACUCGCCUGCUUUGCUGGGGCUGGGAGCUGCAGCUGCCCGACGCAGGUAGAAGACAGCUCGGCUGAGUAGGGGCUGGUGCGGGUGAUGACUCAGCGCCUCCCUAUCUCCCCCGCCCACAGUAACCGGACUUUGGGUGUUCGGUCAGUAGAGCUGACUGGACACUGUCAAGUCCCUUUUUUGACCAGACUUUCCGGUAAAAAAAUGGGCAUCUGGCCACUCUAACACUGGUAGAUUUUCUUACCAAAUGUAUUUUUCUCAGACAUCUCACAUAAACUGAGUGUGAUCCUUAACUUUUACUCUUUUAGGUUCUCUUGCAAGUUGUAUACUAUCCAGUGAGGAUUUUUAUCCCUCAAAAAGUAUAAAACAUGUAGCAUUUGAGGCACUUUAUGGAGACACAGAUCUCUUAUACAUGUAGAAGUUGAUUUUAUGAUUAAGACUUCAGUGAUGUUUUCUUAUUCUGCCCAUAUCUAUU